AUGAGGUUACAACACUCAGGGGGCACUCUGCUGCCUUCGGCAAGCAGCAAGAAUCCAGUCGUCAGUGCUGCUUGUUGUGCAAGUGGCAAGCGGAUGGCUGUCGCACUUGCAGCAGAUAGGGUUGUGCAUUUGGUUGACGCCCGCGGAUGCGAAGUCGACAGAUUUGGCACGCGACCGUCUGACAAAUCAGAGACGAAAAUUCACAGUGUGACUGCGGUCGCGCUCAGUCCUGAUUCACUCCGUGUGGCCGUCGCGCAGUCCGACGACAUGGUGUUUGUCUAUCAUGUGGGACACGCUCCGACGGAUAAAAAGGCGGUUUACCGAAAAUUCCCCACUCACGCUCCAGCGACGAGCCUGGUGUGGCCUUCUGGGAGCGCGGACGCCUUCUAUUACGGGCUCGUCAACGGCCGGGUGCGCGUGGCGCAAGUGGAGUUGAAUAAAUCCGGCACGCUGUUUGACAAGAAAAGCCCCGUGACGUGUAUUGGCUGUCAGCACGCCGGUAAUAUCUUGGCGAGCGGACAUGCGGACGGUUCUGUCCAACUUUGUUCAAUGGACGCCGGCGCCAAUAAAUCGACGACCAAAGAAGCGUACAAGUUUUCCGCCGCGGUGUCAGCCAUCGGUUUCGCGCCCCGUUGCAUUGCAGCAGCUUCGCAGACCGCGCACGUGGCCCUGUUUGCUGGAGACGGAGCUUUGCUUCAGGUUCUCGAUUUCAACCGGGUUUCGCCGCCCUUGAAAGACAUCUCAGCGCUGUGUUUCCAUCCAGCGGGAGCGAGACUGGUCGUUGCGGCAGGCGAGCAAUUGCAUGUUUUCAGCCGUCGUUCGGCUGCGACGCCGGCUGCGCCAGAAAAUAACGAUGAGCUUCACGCGCGGUUUUCUCUCUUUUUGCCCGAAUCUCUGUGGAAGAAAGCCUCCGCAUGGGGAACGCUCGGCGCGCCGGUAAAGCUGGAAGGCUGCUGCGGAGUUUCCACGCUCUGCUGGACGCCAGACGGGUCCACGCUCUACGCAGGCACUCUGCGAGGAUCUGUCGAGAAGUUCGCCUCCUUCACGAAGAAGGCGCGAUGGGGCAACACCUUCGAGUUCUACUUCCUCUCACCCUCGCGGGUUCGCGCUAAAAGGCUCUCAGACCGGAGAAGCAUCGUCAUCGAGGCUGCGGCCAAAGAUGAGCCUGAAAGGGCGCCCAGCAUCGAGAGGCUGGAGGUCUAUCAGGAGCGGUUCGUGGUCGCGCACACCGAUUCUAAUCAAGUUGUCUUCGCAGACAUAGAGACGCGAAAAGUCUCUACUCUAUCAGCCAGCUGGAGGGUGCCCGCGAAAUUCGUCUUCCACGCCGACAGUGUCUGUCUGGUGCACCACGAACGCGCCUCAGUUGCUGUGGUGCUGCUCGGCUACUCCGAAAUCGCUGGACACGAGCAACUGCCGAGUUCGCGUCGCGCAUUUGCUCUCUCAGACUGUGGUCCGGUCUGCCUAAAGUCUGGAGGCGCAGGGCUGAUUCAGGAGAGAGUACCCUGCUUCUCGCACGCAGAGGCACCCUUUUUGCAAGGAUCCAGCCGCCUUGGGUCAGAAACGCUUAGGUACAGUGUGUAUGACGGCUGCCACGGGGCGCCUCUGUCGGCGGAGGGCGCUCUAGCGCGCGUCGAGUGCAGCGCAAAUGGGGAUCUUCAGGCAGUUCUGAACCUCCCACACGGUUCAACUGUCAAGAAACUGAACACAGGCCUGAUCCAACUCGCCGCGUGCAUCCACGACAAAUCUUACUCUGCGGGGCUGGCGCUGCUGGAUGGCAUGGAACGGCCCUGGGCGGAAGACGUGAGGCAGAAAGCUCGCUGUCUGGCAGACGCUGCCCUGGCAGACGGCUAUAUGGACAUCGCGAAGAUCUGUUUCGCGUCUGCGGGAUGCCUCGCUGAGUCGCGGUUCCUCGCCGACACCGAGUGCGGAGUGAGGCGCGCAGGCGCGAACGAUCGCGCAGAGGCUUCACGCCACGGCGCAGCGGCAGUGAAUCGGUACCUGCUGAAAGCGAGAGAGCCGUGGAGGAAGCUGCCUGGUGACGAGGCGCACCCUCCAGAGGCUAGCUUGAGCAUCGGGGGGAAUCUACGCGUUCCAGAGAGGCAUCGCGCAGGCCCAUGCGACUGUCAGCCUCUGUUCAGAUUCGAUGCGGGCAACCUCCUUGCCGAACGAGAGACCCGAGGCGACUCGAAUCAACUAACGGGGGAGCGCCGCGCGUGGCUGAUGCACACCGGUCAGGAGGAGAAAGCGGGCGAGGUCGCGCUGCAGGUGGAUCAGCGGCCGGUGGUCGCCGCGGAGAUUUUCCUUCGCGGAGGCCUGCCCUUUCGCGCGGCUGCGGUUGUGGCGUCUCACGAGACAAUUUCGUUUCCUCCCGAGCUUCUAGAGAGCGUGGGGAGAGAUCUCGCUGCAUGCGGCCUCUACGAACAGGCCGGAGAUAUCUUCCAGCGACUUGGAGACACCGCCAAGGCGUUGAGUGCCUACCGCAAAGGUUGCGCGUUUAAAAAAGCUGUGGAACUUGCGCGGAAGAGUGACCCCGCCACUGUGAUCGAGCUUGAAGAAGCCUGGGCGCAGAGUCUUCUAGCGGAAAACCAACCGGAGGCAGCGGUGAAUCAUUUCAUCGAGGCGGGGAGCACGGUGAAGGCGAUUGAGGCGUCUCUCGAGGCAAAACAGUGGAAGAAGGCGCUUCAACUGCUGCACGGACUACUCGAAGACAACCAGAAAAACGUCGCGACCCCGUUUCUCCGUAGACUCGCGAAGGAGCUGAGAGCCACGGGGAGGCAUGCAGACGCAGCGAGAUGUUUCACGCAGGCCGGCGACUGGGACGACGCCGUGCGUAUGUACGUCGAGGCGGGACGCAUCGAGGAAGCCUUGCAGCUCGCGGCUUCCAGUCUCGGAGUCGCGGACGCGCAGGCGCUGGCGGUCGGCGUCGCGAGCGAGUGCGAGGCCAAGGGAGAUCUCCAGAAUGCGGCGAAGGCGUUCCUUUUGAUUGAGGCCUAUGACGAGGCGAUUGCGAUGUAUAGACGCCACAGCCAGACCGACGCGAUGCUGAAGCUCGUCGCGCUUCACAGGCCGGAGCUUCUGGAGGAGACGUACCGAUCUCUCGGCGAGGCACUGGAAGCUCGCGGCGACUUCGAGGCCGCAGAGCAGUUUUACACAGGCGGCGGGCUGUGGAAGCUCGCCGUCGGCAUGUACCAACGCGGACGCAAAUGGGAGGACGCGAUGCGCGUCGCUCGCAAAGAAGGCGGAGAAGAAGCGUUUGCCGCAGUUAUCAGCGCGCACGCCGAGGUCACGGCCAGCGAAAGCGGAUCCGACGCCGCGAUUCAACUGCUUCUCAAACACAAGAUGCCUGAGCGCGCAGUGGAAGCCGCCGUCGCUGCGGGGGACUUCGCUCAGGCUCUGAAAGUCGCCAAAGACUCCGGGCCCGACAUGUUUGAGGCCGUGAAUUUGCGGCUGGCUGCGACGCACCAAGACCGCGGCGACUUCCAGGCAGCGGAGCGACAUUUCCUUUUGGCGGGGAAAGCCUGUGAGGCAAUUGAAAUGUACAGACAGCAGCACGACUGGGAAGCCGCCAUGCGCGUGGCGGAGAUGCACAGCCACGACGCAGUUCUUGAGCUCCGCCUGAGCCGAGCGAAGAGUGUGGCGGACGCGGGAGACUUGAAGGCUGCUGAGGCGUUGUUCAUCGAGGCUGAGCGGGCGGAUCUCGCCGUGAGCAUGUACCUCGUGCGCGACUUGCGGGCGGAAGCGCUGAAGAUCAGCAAGGCGCACUGUCCGCAGCUGCUGCCGCAGCUGCUUCGCCGCGUAGCUGUCCUCCGCUGCGGGUCUGGAGGCGCCGACGAACUCAUCGACCUCGCGAACGUUUUUGAAGCGGCAGGACUCUUCGCUGAGGCGAUUGGCAUCUGCCUCGCUGCCGAUGCCCCGGCCGUGCCAGACGCUGCGCUGCUGAAAAAAACCUGGCUCAUGGCGGUUUCGCUCGCGGAGACAAAUAUGCCAGACCGCCUCAGCGAAGUUGCUGACGCCGUGGCGCGGAAGAUGCUCGCCGCAUGGGGCCCGUCUCUUGAAGCUGCGGAGCUGCUGGAGGCGGCCGGCGAGCCGCAAGAAGCUGUGCAGUGCCUCGUGGACUGUCAAGCCUGGGAGAAGGCCCGCAGCCUGGCGCGCGCCGUCGGGAGGCCUGCCUGCGAGGCGGUUGUGCGGGAAGGCGAGAAGAAACAGAUGGUCGCGCAGCGCGACCUUCAGGGUCUCCUUCUGCGAGGCGAGACGUCAGCGGCUCUCGAAGUUGCCGCGGCAGACGGGGCCUGGGAGACCUGCCUCGCCUGCGCGCGAGACGUCGCGCCCGACCAACUGCCCAGCGUACUCUGCGCCUACGGCCAGACUCUGCUAUGCGAUGAACGCGCCGAAGAAGCGGCGCAUCUGCUGCUGGAGGCAGCGGGCAGCUGGGAGCGCCACGAAGGCGCGCGCAGCCUUUGUCGCGAGCUGGUUUACUCGUUGCAUCGAACAGCGAUCUCCGCCGCCGGCGACAAGGUGCGCAGGACGACGCACGCCGGAUUGAUCAAAAGCCUCCUCAUGCGAAUUCUGGCUAGAAGCCGCAGCAGGCUCGAGGGAGGAAGGGACGCAGGUGAUGCAGCGCCCGAGGAGAUUCGGUGUAUUCAGGACGUCCAAAACAAGGCGCUCGCGGGCGAGGCAGAGAGGCCGCUGCAUGCAAAGCUGCUGGUGGCGCACUAUUUGGGCGUUCUGAGCGUCGCGGAAACGCACUGUCAUGCAGGCACGCGAAUCACGGCGGCGAAGACCGCCGUCGCGCUUCUAAGAUAUGCACGCGAGCUUCGGCCGGAUGACGCGUUUUACAGAGCAGGCCUGCAUUGCAAGGCAGUCGGCUGGAGUGAAAUGGCCUUCUGGUUUCUCAACAGAUAUCUCGACACUGUCGAAGCUAUCGAAGACUCCGGGGCUGCGGUCGGCGGCGCGGACUCCGAGGCCACAGACAUUCCUCCACUCGAGGAACUGUCUCUCCCUGGCAGCCAACUAUUGCCCGCUGCAAAGACCGAAGAGGCACGCGAGUGGGUGUUGGACUGGAGUGUCUGUCAGGGGCUCUCGCCUGCUCUCAGGAAAAGAGAAUGCCGCGCGUGCAGAGAGAAGGUUUACGAGGCCUCGAUGUGUUGCUCAAAGUGUGGCGAGGCUGAGGAGCUCUGUGUCGUCACAGGCUACCCCGUCGACCGCGCCUCUGUGGUUCAGUGCACCAUCUGCAGAAGCCGCGGAAACGCAUGCGACUGGGCAGCCCUCGUCUCCCUCACCAAGGAAUGCCCCUGGUGUGGCAGUCCGCAGGCCGCCGGCGAAACUGCCCUCGCCUCAAGCACAGGAGAGGCCUAG